GUUCUAGCAGACAAAAUUCUCCCCAUCGUUUUCAUCGCUCACUUUCACAGGUUCUCUACCCAUGGCUUCUUUCGCAGGCCUCUGCUCCUCCUCCCCUUCUCUUCACCCUAAGCACAACCACAACCAGAUCACCAAGCUAAUUCCGGCAUUUCACAAGGACUCCCUCUCCUUCGCAUUCCAAUCCGGGUCAAAAUCCGUCGCAGUUCAGUCCGUAGCUCGGGAGGUAUCCACGGAUUUGACCAAAGCAAACGACGGCUUGCCGAAGCCGAAGAGAGGACUUGAGAAAGAUCCUCACGCGCUGUGGAGGCGGUACGUUGAUUGGCUGUACCAGCACAAGGAGCUCGGGUUGUACCUGGAUGUUAGUCGGAUCGGGUUCACGGAUGAGUUUGUGGCGGAGAUGGAGCCGAGAUUCCAAGCGGCGUUAAAGGCGAUGGAGGAGCUGGAGAAAGGCGCCAUCGCGAAUCCUGACGAAGGACGGAUGGUCGGACACUACUGGCUGAGGAAUUCGAAGCUUGCGCCGAACAAGUUUUUGCAGCAGCAGAUUGAAAACACGCUCGAUGCUAUUUGCAAGUUCGCUGAUGAAAUCAUCAGUGGUAAGAUUAAGCCCCCUUCUUCUCCAGCGGGUCGCUUUACUCAAGUACUCUCUGUUGGGAUUGGAGGUUCAGCUCUGGGACCCCAGUUUGUUGCAGAGGCAUUAGCUCCUGAUAAUCCUCCUCUAAAGAUAAGAUUCAUUGACAACACAGAUCCUGCUGGGAUUGAUCAUCAGAUUGCACAGCUAGGAUCUGAGCUAGCUUCGACACUUGUAAUAGUGAUUUCUAAGAGUGGAGGUACCCCAGAAACUCGAAAUGGUUUGUUGGAAGUACAGAAAGCUUUUCGUGAUGCUGGUCUGGAUUUUGCAAAACAGGGUGUAGCUAUAACCCAAGAAAAUUCAUUGUUAGACAACACUGCAAGAAUUGAGGGUUGGCUGGCUAGAUUUCCGAUGUUUGACUGGGUUGGUGGCAGGACAUCGGAAAUGUCUGCAGUUGGCCUACUUCCAGCAGCACUUCAGGGAAUUAAUAUUCGAGAAAUGCUUGCUGGUGCGGCAUUAAUGGAUGAGGCGACAAGGACCAGAGUGCUUAAGGAUAACCCUGCAGCAUUGCUGGCAUUAUGUUGGUAUUGGGCGACUGAUGGGGUAGGAUCAAAGGAUAUGGUUGUCCUUCCUUACAAGGACAGCUUAUUACUACUUAGUAGGUACUUGCAGCAGUUAGUCAUGGAAUCACUUGGGAAGGAGUUUGACCUGGAUGGUAACCGGGUGAAUCAAGGACUCACUGUCUAUGGGAAUAAAGGGAGCACAGAUCAGCAUGCCUACAUUCAACAACUGAGAGAGGGUGUGCACAAUUUCUUUGUGACCUUCAUCGAAGUUUUACGUGAUAGGCCCCCUGGUCAUGAUUGGGAGCUUGAACCGGGUGUCACAUGUGGUGACUACCUGUUUGGAAUGUUACAGGGAACAAGAUCAGCUUUGUAUGCUAAUGAUCGAGAGUCAAUAACUGCUACUGUUCAAGAAGUGACACCUAGAUCUGUUGGAGGUCUUGUAGCACUUUAUGAGCGAGCUGUUGGGAUUUAUGCCUUGCUUAUCAACAUUAAUGCUUACCAUCAACCUGGUGUGGAAGCUGGGAAAAAAGCAGCAGGAGAAGUAUUAGCUCUUCAGAAGCGAGUCUUGGCAGUGCUUAAUGAGGCCAGCUGUAAAGAGCCUGUUGAACCAUUGACGCUUGAAGAAGUGGCAGAGCGGUGCCACACUCCUGAAGAAAUCGAAAUGAUCUACAAGAUCAUCGCGCACAUGGCCGCCAAUGACAGAGCACUGAUUGCUGAAGGCAGUUGUGGUUCACCCCGCAGCAUAAAGGUUUUCCUUGGGGAGUGUAAUGUCGAUCAAUUGUAUGCUUGAGUUACAGCAAAGAACCUCCAUGUUUCACAUUCUAAGCUUGUGCUUUUUAGUUACACAAGAGCACCAAUAAAAUUGGUUUUGACAUUGUAUCUCAAACUCCAUGAAGAACUAGGGAUGUUCUGGUGAUUCAUUGCCAUUUUCCAGGAUAAUAAUAAUAAAAGGCAACGUCUUGG